UUCAAAAUCAAAACGCUCAAAAUUGGUCAGGAGAAAAAAAAAAAAUCACCUGCAGAAGCUAGCGAGUGGCCAUGGCGAUGGUUGUGGACUACCAACACGACUUGUCGUUUCCCUACUGGACCUCGACUCGUCGUCGUUUUGAUCCCGACUCUCCCUUCUUCUCUUCUGGUAACAUCGAGAGAGAACUUCUCGCCAAACAGGUGGCAUUGGAUUUAACUGAAGAUGAAAGAAAUCAACUUGAGAAGAUGGUAGCUAAAGAUGCCAGGGGUGUCUUUUGUCCGAUUGUUGGUUGUGGUGCACGACUGAUUUCUUUGGAGGACUUUGAAGAUCAUUAUAAUGCUCGACAUACUGCUUCUUGUUCUGUGUGCUCUAGAGUUUACCCGACAUCUCACUUGCUAAGUAUACAUGUGUCUGAAGCCCAUGAUUCCUUCUUUCAAGCAAAAGUUGCUCGUGGUUAUGCUGUGUAUGAAUGCCUUGUUGAAGGUUGUGGUUUGAAGUUCAAGAGCUACAAAGGAAGGCAACAGCAUCUGGUCGACAAGCAUAAAUUCCCAACUUCAUUUGAGUUCUUCAAGAAGGCACUUCCAUCCAAGAAACAGAGGCAGAAAAACCACCGGAAACAAGCAAUGCAUAAGAAGGAUGAAGAAGCUUCAAGUAAGAUGGAAGUAGAAAAUGAAACGAUGGAUGGCCUUGUUUCAGCAGUCUCUAAAUUAAGCACUUCAGACUCCUCUCCUUCAACCGUUAGCUUUGGUCGCCGUCAUACUCGUGGUCUUACAUUUGUUCCUCGAUCUGUCCAGCACGAGAAAAGAGCCGACUUCAGACUAGCUGGGGCAAAGAGAUAGACAGCUCAUGUUCUUUCCACAUUUUCCUGUCAACGACUUCUGCAACCGAUAUUGAAAUUGCUUACAGUCAAGUUUCUAGAAGGAAUGAAGGAUCUGCAAAUGCAAUGGAUGAUUCAUCUGAUUUGCAUUUCGAAAGGUCAAAAGUUUGCUAAUUGAUCAUAAAAUUUUGCCGUCCCUUUUGAUGUUGAUCCUCAAGAUCAUUCAUUUGUAGUGCAUUGCUAUAAAUGCAGCAUCUAGGAUCUCUUGUAAUAGAUUUCAUACAAACUUAUGCCUUGUUGAAUAUUGAGGAAUCCUUUGCAACAUGAGCAGUAAUUUUUUUUU